UUUAAUUGAACGAGCUGCAAAACUACGAACGAUGGCCGAGAGCGAGCUAGCCUCGACGGAUCUGAAGGAGACGUUUGAUAGAGCCGCCAAGUAUCUGCAAACCUUGGUCCCCGAGUUGGACUCGGCUCAGCUGCUCGGAUUUUACGGUCUGUACAAACAGGCGACCGUAGGCCUGUGCGACGUACCGCGGCCCAAUUGGUACCAGGUGCAAGCGAAGCACAAAUGGGAGGCGUGGAAGAAUCUGGGUGACAUGAGCCGCGAGACCGCGAUGACAAGUUACGUUCACGCGAUCGCGCAGAUAAAUCCAUCGUGGGAGACGGAGGCACAGGCCGACUCGUCGAGGUGGACCUCUGUCAGCAAGCUGUCGAACACCGACGUAGAACUGGGGGACGCGGAUAAGACGUUUCUGGACUGGGUGAAGGAGGGUAACGAGACGCGGGUGUGCGAGAUCCUGAGCGGCGAACCCACGCUGGUGAACACGCUGGACACGGACGGGUUGCUGCCCAUACACUGGGCCGCGGAUCGGGGCCACGUCGACGUUAUGGCGCGUCUGAUCGGGAGUGGCGCGGACAUGAAUUCACAGGAUCGCGACGGACAGACGCCGCUGCAUUACGCGGCGAGUUGCGGCCACGCGGAAGCAGUCAAGUAUCUACUUUCGCUCGGGGCGCGAUCCAUGGCGGAUAACGACGGCAUGACACCCAAAGACGUCGCCGACGAGCAGCUCGCAGCUCUUUUAUAACGCCAUACGCUACUGUUAUGUAUAAUACCAUGCAGCACGCUGCAUGACGCAACACACGCGCGAUACUGUUUUAUUCUCUUACAACAUUAUUAAUAAAUGCGUGAUGAUGCGUGAAA